AGUCUUGCACAGGUGUACCGACUCCUCCCCUUCAGUCUUGCACAGGUGUACCGACUCCUCCCCUUCAGUCUUGCACAGGUGUACCGACUCCUCCCCUUCAGUCUUGCACAGGUGUACCGGCUCCUCCCCCCCAGUCUUGCACAGGUGUACCGGCUCCUCCCCUUCAGUUUUGCACAGGUGUACCGGCUCCUCCCCCCAAUCUUGCACAGGUGUACCGGCUCCUCCCCUUCAGUCUUGCACAGGUGUACCGGCUCCUCCCCUUCAGUCUUGCACAGGUGUACCGGCUCCUCCCCCCAGUCUUGCACAGGUGUACCGGCUCCUCCCCUUCAGUUUUGCACAGGUGUACCGGCUCCUCCCCUUCAGUCUUGCACAGGUGUACCGGCUCCUCCCCUCCAGUCUUGCACAGGUGUACCGGCUCCUCCCCUUCAGUCUUGCACAGGUGUACCGGCUCCUCCCCUUCAGUGUUGCACAGGUAUAUUGGCUCCUCCCCUUCAGUCUUGCACAGGUGUACCGGCUCCUCCCCUCCAGUCUUGCACAGGUGUACCGGCUCCUCCCCUCCAGUCAUGCACAGGUGUA